AAACCGGUUCACAACCAGUUGGCCCCGACUGGUACCGGGUAGAGAGGAGGGGCUUGGUGCGAAGUGGGGGAAAUUGCGCAUCACGCACUAACGUUACCGACGCCGACAAACAAGGUGCAUGGCAACAACUGCAUAGUGGUCUACGUGUUAAAUAUAGUGAAUUAUAUCUUACUAGAUGGCUACACUUUGGUAUCUGUGAGCAGUCAAACGUUUUAGUACAAAGCCAGCCAACUACUUUUGCUAGCGUUACAUUAGCAAAGUCAGUACAGCUAGCUAGCUUAAUUUUGGUGAGACAGUUUGCUAGCUACCUAACGAGUAACUUAAACGGAGUAUUUCUUUUAGCUAAACACCAUUAUAGUAUUACUCAAAAGGUUCGCGCUUACAAGUUAGCUAGCUUUUAGUUCAGCUAACAGUUCGCUAUCUGAUGUGGUGACUGAUCAGUUUCUUGUAGCCUGUCACCGGCAAAAUGACUGUCUUUGAACUGAAUCAAGUCAUCGGUCCCUAGCUAACGUCAAAGCCAGUUGGGGCUGUAAACAAACAGCGACAAGACGGCAAGAGAAGGGAAGGAGGCGCUCGAAUCGCUCCUUCAGGAUUCAUCCACUGCAUCAGCAUCAACGAUGGAGUUGGCACUGGCGCAUCCAGCUCUCAAGGCCUUCAUGUGUGGCUCCUUGAGCGGCACCUGCUCCACGCUGCUCUUCCAGCCUCUGGACCUGGUCAAGACGCGCCUUCAGACCCUGCAGAACAACAUGAAGCCUGGAGCUCCUAAGGUGGGGAUGAUGACAGUGCUUGUCCAGGUCAUUCGGACAGAGAGCUUCCUGGGCCUGUGGAAGGGAGUGUCACCGUCGUUUGUGCGCUGUAUCCCAGGCGUAGGGAUCUACUUCUCUACCUUCUACUCACUGAAGCAGCACUACUUCCAGGAGGGCCGGGCCCCUAACGCUGGGGAGGCUGUGCUGCUGGGGGCCGGGGCCAGGGCUGUUGCUGGGGUCUGCAUGCUGCCUGUCACCGUCAUCAAGACACGCUUCGAGAGCGGACGGUACAACUACGUGAGCGUCCUGGGAGGCCUGAAGAGUGUGUGUGAGACGGAGGGGCCCAGGGCUCUGUUCUCCGGGCUGACGGCCACACUGCUCCGAGACGCCCCCUUCUCUGGCAUCUACGUCAUGUUCUACAGCCAGGCCAAGAGGUCCCUGCCACCGGAGGUGAGCUCGUCGCCCUAUGCCCCGUUGGGGAACUUUGGCUGUGGGGUGAUGGCCGGAGUCCUGGCCUCUGUGGUCACCCAGCCAGCUGACGUGGUGAAGACUCACAUCCAGGUCAGCCCCUCCCACUGGACAACCAAGGACGCCAUUCGCUACAUCUACACGGAGCAUGGUCUGAGGGGUUUCUUCCGUGGGGCUGUGCCACGCUCUCUGAGGAGGACUCUGAUGGCAGCCAUGGCCUGGACCGUCUACGAACAACUGAUGGCCCGCAUGGGACUCAAGUCCUGAGGAGAGGAGACAGGGAGGAACUGAAAAAGGAAGAAUGACGUGGGGACUUGUUUUUAUACAAAGCAGCAGUUUGAAGGGGAAGAAAGUGAGGAGGAUGAGAAGGAGGGAGAGGGAGGAKGUGUAGGGWCUGUUUAUCACUGCAACUAGCUUGGGAAAGCCAAAGAGGUGGGUGUCGGUGGCACGGAAGAGGGAAAGGUGUGUGUGUUUUACAUGUUGAUGUUUAUGAGAGAGUUAUUGUGAAUGUUUGUAUGUCCUUACAUUGUCAACCCUGACCUUAAAUGACAUUCCCUUACUGCUGAGAACUGAACUCAUCCCCCUCUGAGUGUGGAGACCAUAGAGAACUAUCUAUUUCUAUGGGGGAGACCAUAGGGAUCUAUUUAAUUAUAUUUCUAUGGGGGAGACCCUCUCAGACUGGGGAGACCAUAGAGAAUGAUCUAUUUCUAUGGGGGAGACCCUCUCAGACUGGGGAGACCAUAGAGAGUGAUCUAUUUUUAUGGGGGAGACCCUCUCAGACUGGGGAGACCAUAGAGAGUGAUCUAUUUUUAUGGGGGAGACCCUCUCAGACUGACUUCUAUGGUUUACCUCUGGAUACCACUCCAGUGACAAGAGACUGUCGCCGACUGUCACCCAUUGUCACUGUCUAUGACUGUGAAUGACUAACAUCUAGGUKUCUCUAACACUCCCACUCCCAAGACGAAACGGCAGCUUUGAUUUAGUUACCUCAGCAAGAGGUUUUCCGCUGGCUAAAAGUGUAGUGGACUGGACAAAGCAACCCAGUGCCAUAACCAUGCAACAUAUUUACAAAUGACCGGCAGACUACGUUAUCAGCACAGUGAUUAUUGUGACCUGUCGACUGACUGAAGGAAAUACGAUAUUUAUUGACUGACUGACUGACUAAAACAUUUAUUACUAGCUUGGACAAUCAAGACAAUAUUGCUGUGCAUUGUAGCAAAAGACUAGGCUGAUAUUUUCUAUACUGCAACUGCACAAUUAGAUACUAGCAACUUGGCAUUGGCAUACUUAGCCAUAUGAAAAUAGUGUACAGUAGGUGUUCUCUAUACCCAAUUCAACUGGGAUAACAUUUCUAGUGCAUUCCAUUCUGGUUGCAGUGUUGUAGACCGGAUGUGCUUUAUCUUAACCAGUAAUGAUAGUCAAUCCCAGAGUCAUAGAUGGAUAAUUGGCUCUAGUCAAUGCCAUUGGAACCCAGACAAUGCAACUCUGGCCCCCUUUGGGCUGUAGCAUUGUGAGACAACAUCGCGAUCAUGAACAUGCAGCUUCAGCAUCACUGUAUUACAUGGGCCAGAUUCAGUAGUCACAAAAAGAAAGCAAACCGGAGGGACUAGSUGAUCUUGUCCUAUACGAAACGUAAAAUGUGUUUGAUUUUCAAUGCAAAACAUUUUGCGACGGUGUGCACUAAUCUACACUACCCAGCUAAAUAUAGGAAUCCAUAUCAGUGAUGCACAGCCAUGGUCCUGGAUUGUCUCUGUUAUUAGUUUAAUAAAUGAAUAGGCCUAUGUAUUCAAUAUUUUGAGUAGUUCGUUUUUGGAAGCCCAUACACGUGUAUAUUUUUUAACCCACAGUGUCCAGUGUGCCAUGUUCAAAAAUAAAAACCCAUGACAUGUCA